GCUGAGCAGUAUGGUGUUUUGUUUGUUUUCUAUUCAGGAGCAGUGGUGUGGAGUGAAUGAAGAGUGCGAGCGCGUGAGCGGGUGGUUCCGCGCGCUCUGAUUGGUCCAUUAAAGCUCGGCUGCGCCCCUAAAAGAAAAGAAAGCUGAGGGAGCCUAUUGGCGCGCGCGAUCCUCCCCUCCUGCACCGUGCGCCAAAAAGUUGUCCACUUAAACUACUACUCGAGCUCUGCGCACACUUUGUCAUCAAAACCUGCCGGACCUUUGCAGAAAACACUGCGAAGAAAUUAAGUAACCUUUGGCCACUUAAAGAGAGUUAAGGAGUUGGUCCCCCUCCUUCCUCGCUCGCGCGCUCGACAUUUCGGUGGCAGCUGUGAUUUUUGCUCAUGCCCCUCUCCCCAAAACAGGAGAAGCAUUAAUCCUUUAAAAAAAAAAAAAAAAAAAAAAAAACAGUUUAGGAGAUUUAAAAUCCACUCAGCGCUUUGGUUGGAUAACAGAUAUUUUUUGUUGUUGUUCUGUUUUGCUUUUGAUUCGGAUCUCCUGUCUGCAAAACAGCACUGAUCUUCCAGUUUGGACACCAGCUUUUAAUUCUUGGCCUAAACUGCGCCUUGUGCAUAGAAGCAGAAUGUCGUCUUUACCGGGAUCAGUACCUCGGAUGAUGAGACCAGCACCAGGACAGAACUAUCCCCGCACAGGCUUCCCUUUAGAAGUCUCCACUCCUUUGGGUCAAGGGCGUGUGAAUCAGCUUGGCGGGGUUUUUAUUAACGGCAGGCCUUUGCCUAACCAUAUCCGACAUAAGAUCGUGGAAAUGGCGCAUCACGGAAUUCGGCCGUGCGUGAUCUCGCGCCAGCUGCGGGUCUCCCACGGCUGCGUGUCCAAAAUCCUGUGCAGGUAUCAGGAGACAGGAUCCAUCCGCCCCGGAGCUAUAGGGGGGAGUAAACCCAGGGUGGCAACGCCGGACGUGGAGAAACGCAUAGAGGAGUACAAGCGCGAGAAUCCCGGCAUGUUCAGCUGGGAAAUCCGCGACAAACUGCUGAAGGACGGGGUGUGUGACAGAAGCACAGUUCCCUCAGGUGAGGCCUCACCUGUGAGCUCGAUAAGCCGAGUGCUUCGCGCCCGAUUUGGCAGGAAAGAAGAUGAAGACGAUUGUGAUAAAAAAGAUGAAAGUGGAGAGAAGAAAACAAAACACAGCAUUGAUGGCAUACUCGGUGACAAAGGGAGUCGUGUAGAUGAAGGCUCAGAUGUGGACUCAGAGCCAGACCUGCCGCUGAAGAGGAAGCAGAGACGCAGUCGAACCACGUUCACGGCUGAGCAGCUGGAGGAACUGGAGAAGGCCUUCGAAAGGACACACUACCCUGACAUCUAUACCCGAGAGGAGCUGGCUCAGAGGACUAAACUCACAGAGGCUCGAGUACAGGUCUGGUUUAGCAAUAGGCGAGCCAGAUGGCGCAAACAAGCCGGAGCCAAUCAGCUUGCUGCAUUCAACCACCUGUUACCAGGAGGUUUUCCAGCAACAGGCAUGCCCACUCUGCCCACUUACCAGCUCCCUGAACCCAGCUACUCUGCUACCACAUUAUCACAGGAUGGCAGUAGCACAGUGCACCGGCCGCAGCCUUUGCCCCCCUCCACCAUGCAUCAGGGCAGCCUCUCCAGUGACAGCAGCUCCGCCUAUGGCCUCUCGUCCAAUCGGCACAGCUUUUCCAGCUACACUGACACUUUCAUGAGCCAGUCAGCAUCCAGCAACCCCAUGAACCCAGUCAACAAUGGCCUCUCUCCACAGGUUAUGAGCAUCCUGAGCAACCCAAGCGCCAUGGCUCCUCAGCCGCAGCACGACUUCUCCAUCUCGCCUUUGCACAGCGGACUUGAGGCUUCCAACCCUAUCUCAGGAAGCUGCAGUCAGCGCUCAGAGCCCAUCAAGACGGCAGAAAGCCUGGCUUCAUCUCAAUCCUACUGCCCUCCUACCUACAGCUCCACCAGCUACAGUGUGGACCCCGUCACAGCUGGCUACCAGUACAGUCAGUAUGGCCAGACUGCCGUAGACUACCUGGCUAAGAACGUCAGCUUGUCCACACAAAGGAGGAUGAAGCUCGGGGAGCAUUCAGCUGUCUUGGGACUGCUACAAGUGGAGACGGGCCAGGCCUAUUGACAGACUCCUCCUCUGGAACAUCACUUCUCUCUUUCACCAGCAUCCCUUCAUCCACUGUGCUGUGCGAGAGAAAAGAGAAGUAGCGAAAUUCAUAGACAGCCUUAGACCCCUAACCUAUGGCUGAGUGAAUACAAAAGCCAUUUAAUAAACAGACACUAUAGUGCCGCUUCUCGUCUCUCUCCUUGUCCAUCCCAUUUCUCGUCCCCAAGUGAAUAUUUCCACAAAGAGACUUUUUCAGGAUUUUGGAGGAGAAAGCAAGCAUCACAACAGUCAGUGUUAACAUGCAGGCCACGGUCCCAUUCGGACAUGGUUUGGACCAUGUUAAUGUUUAAUAGGAUUUAAAAUUAUGGUAUUACAUUUAUAUUUGAUAUAAUGAUUGUGGUUGUUUCUAUUACUGUUGCAGUUAUUAUUGUUAGAACAAUUUGUUUACAUCUUAUAUUUGUCUUUUUUGGUUUCUCAGCCAGUUUCUAACACACCAUACAAAGAGAGGCUGGUAGCAGUUCGGGUUGCCCGCAGUGCAGGUUAUUUAACCUUUUAAUCUAAGUUCGACGUUCAGAGAGAUCUGGACCUGUCAGUGGGGUGUCUGGCUCAGCAGAGUCUUCUGGGAAGGUCUGGCCAAUAAGGACUCCAAGAGCUUCCAAUCCUUGCCCCUUUGUUCCCACAUGGAUUAUCCGCUGGGAAAAGCCACAACAGUUAGAAAUGAAAACGGUCCUAAAGCAUCCCCUUGAUCUACACUAUGGGCAAGUUUUAGAGAGAGACAUUUAUCAGUAUUUUUUUUUAAUGGAGUAAGAUAACUUUGCAUUGCUGACGCAUUAAACCCAGGUUAUCAUUGAAAAACCAGCCCAUUUCAUUUAAAUAUUACCACUAUGAUCUUAUACACGUAAGGUGGAAUAGUUCAAAAACCAUGUUCCUUUUCAAAAGCUGUGUAAGGUCAGUUUUUUUUCUUUCUUUUUUUUUUUUGUCUCUAUUAAUGCAAGGUGCUACAUUCCAGAACAUUACUUUACAAUGUCAUGGGACCUACUAUAUACAGUGUAUUAUUUAGCAUUCCACAAAUGUCUUGCACUUUCCUUUUCUUUCUUUUUUUUUUGUAUGCAGGCUUGAUACUUCACAAAUGAAAUGUUACAAAAGGGAUUACUUCACAAUUCUACAUUUAAAUGAUAUAAUAAUUUUGUAAUAGCCUUUGAAAAGGCAUUCUAUUGGUGCAUAUUCCAAUAACAAACAUAUAUUUGAGCUACACUAAUGUCAUAGCACUUGUUGAUAAUUGGCCACAGUAAAGUAUAAAAGGGAAUUAUACAGGGUGAAUUUGUUGUGUAUGAAACAGAAAGUGGAGUGACCAGAAGUUAUAAUGCAUACAUUAUAAUAUAUUGCAUUCUGUUUCCCCUCUUUUGAUAAAUUUCUUGUUUCAACUGCAUCAAGUAUGUAAUGUAAAGAAUGUAAAGAAAGUAAUUUUGCUUCAUAUAAAUAAUUAGUGAUUUGAAUUUACUUCAUCUCCCCAUAAUGGACUGUCUUACUCUUCACAAAUCAUUCCAUUAACAAAAAGACCUCUCCAUACAUGAUGAGCCAAGAAUAAUGUUUAUCUGCUUUCCAGGACCUAUGUUCCAUCCUAUCUUGUUUGGCAUCUCAUUCCACAGUUUGGAUGUAUACAUACACCAUUCAGUCAGAACAGGAAGUAGCUGGCAGGACAAACAGAAAACAAGACAAGCUCACUCAGGCACGUGACCAUGUGCCAUUAAAGACUGAUAACAUUUCAUUUAACUCUUCAAAUAUUUUGUAAAAAAAAAAAAAAAAAAAAUAUAAAGAAGGAGUGUAAAAAGUUUUUAGUGUGUAGCACUCAUUUCUAACACAGUCUACCUUUUGGAUAUUGAAAGCACUAUUUGAGUUCCAAAAUUUCUUUCUAGCUUCAUUUUUUUCCCCAUCACAUUCCUAUAUAGUUCUUUCUUAAGCAACUGUAAUUUGCUUUAUCUUUCUGUUCAGCAUGUAUGUAUAUUAUCAUGGCAUAAUUUAUUCUGCUGUAUGAAACAAUAGCAUAAUGGGAACUUGUACUGGUUUUCCUACAUUCAGCCUGUUGGUGUCUUUACUGUAGCACUGUUAUUGAUUAAAGUUUUGAAAACUGGACAAGCAAUUCUUUGUGGAUUCUUCUGCAGUCCUGUUGCUCUCAUAAGCCAAUAAUAAAUUAGCAAUAGUCUUGGGUAAAAAUACAAUAGCAAAGAUUUUGGGUAAUUUUUUUUACUUUUAAUUUCCCAUACUGAUAUGCCAGUACAUAUUUUCCUGAGGACAUGCAGAGCUGACACAGCCUACAUACAUGUUUUAAUCACUGAUAUUUCUAUUCAGUCAUUUUCAAGGGGUGAAAUAUCUAUUGGCAUGUAUCAUACAUACAUACUGCCGUUUGAUCUCACUACAAACAGCAAUCAUGAUUUAAUCCCCGUCUCCACAAUGCAGUGUUUUUCAGCGCAUUUGAAGUCAAGUGCAUCUUGACAGUCAUAGUGAUUUAAGAUACUAAAAAUAGUUGGCAGUAAUUGAGCCGAGCUGUGAGGGAAUAAAGAAGAGCUUAAAAGCAGUGUCACAACACAGAUGCUUCAGUGCCACUGCCUUCACAGAAGGCUUGUGUAAUGGUUCAGUAGCCCCAGGCCAUGUGCCUCAGACCUGACCACGAGGGCAUCGCCUGGGCACAAAGCCUCUGAACACUUGCCAAUGUGUGCUGCUUAUGGCCUGAGACUCACAAGCCUGAAGAGUUAGCAAUGCAAUGACUACUUGUUCAAACACCUUGAACACCACAGACAGACAUUCCUUUUGUGAUUAAUAGAAUUACAGGAAAAUAUGUAUCAUGAACAGUCAUUCAGGAGCCAGCUGUGCGUCCUACAGCAUUUGCAUGCAGUGAUGAAAUCUCACUGGUAUGUGGUUUUGAGCUGAGGACUCCUUCUUUAUGAUUCAGCUGUCCAUGGCAUUUUGUGCUGUCAUACAAAGUCAUUUCACAUAUGAGCAAUAUUGCUAUCAAGAAAACAGCUGUUGUGUCAUUUAAAAAAAAUGUUAUUUCUUUCUCUCAUAUGUUUAAGAAUUUUCAUUAAAAAACAGGAGACAGGACGGAACAAAUAUUCACAACAAAACACACACACUCACAUACAAUGAGAAUUCUGGAGUGAUGAGAAAUGUAAAUGAUGAAUUAUGUAUAAUAAUAAUAAUAAUAAUAAUAAUAAUAAUACUGUUGUUUUUAUUAUAUAUAAUAAAAAGAGGAGAAAACUAAACUGCUUUUUAAAAUAAGCAAAAGCAAAGGUGAAAAGUGUAUAAUCACUGAUGGAUGUAAUUAUUAUCAUUGUAAUAAAAAAAAAGAAUACAUAAAAUAUUUCAAUGCAUUUCUGAAGCCUGGUGUUUAGUUAAUAAUUAGUAUUUUGGGUCACCAAAACAUUAUCAUUACAAGGGGAAAAAAUGCCACAAGGUAUGAAUUGAUUAAAACAUGUCUGAAGAAGUCUGACACCCCUCCUCUCGAACAGAGCCUAAGGCUAUUGUGUUGUAGAGACUGUGCUGUGUCAACCACUCGAAAAUGUCACAAAGAAAGCACUUACAAAGCCUAACAUCUCCUUAAAUCCCAUAAUUAUUCCAGGAUACAUUAUGUACCUGAGCCUGCCUGUCUGAUCUCUACUGAGGGGAUUCUACAUUCCCACAAUCAGCUUACACCGACAGAUCGCAUGAUUGCCUAAUAACCUGGAUUGGUAAGUAGACUACUUAGUAGGAGAUUGUUACUGAAAAAGAAUGUAUCCUUUCAGCCAAAACCAUUGUUAGAUAUAUUCCUUUUUUCUGACACAUUAUACUCUUACACAAUGGAGGUUUUUUUUUUUCACAGUCGAUGUCAAUAUGUCUAAGACAAUUUUAUUCCUCCCUUCAAUUCUCAGGAAGUUUUUCCUCUUAAGCCAAGCCUUUCAUUUGCCGUCUCCAGGCACUGGAAUACAAGAUUAUAGUCCUCCAUAGUAACCCUGGUAUUCCGUAGGCAGCCUCCUCCAUGUGCCCCUCCCUGCCCCCAGUCUCUAAUCUCCACACGCCAGCAUCACUUCAAAAUUAAGCUGUGAGCAAACUGGAAGUCUUGCUAACGCUACUCACUCUCAAAACCACUCAAUACACCCUAGUGAAAAGUCUCACUCUCCUGCAUGAGAGCAGUCCACACUUGAAUGAAUGACCUCAACCUCUCUCUCUCGCUGGCCGUUUCAUGUCCUGCAUCUUAUAAUUCACUCUUUCCAUUUCACCUGAGAGAAAAGGAGGGAAAUUGAAGGUGGGCUUGUCGAUCCAAGACAUGAGUUUGACAUAAAUCAUGAAGGCUAUUUGUAUGUUUACUUUAGAAAACUGCUCAGCUUCCAGACUAAUUCAUGUUAAUAGCAAAAAAUGGAAAUGACCUGCAACGCUGAAUAAUGCACAAGCCUUAGUGCAUUUUUAUGAGGAGAUACACGCAUAAAAGUCUUCUUUUGAAAACCAGUCAGCUCCUAACAUGCGUGACGCCUGGGCAUAGACUCUAAUACACAGAGACAAUUUUGCUAGAUAAUGGCCUAUCACGCAGGAUACAAUUUAAAUUAAAAAAUGCAAUUUUCACCUUGAAAUGAACAAAUGAUUACAAUUUCUAUACAAAUUAAGGCAUCUAGGCGGUGCCUCAGUGCACUGCUCAGGCCAUGAAACUUGACAUAAUUACCAUGAAAUAUAUUUUGAAAUAUUUGUAUUUUUUGCCCGUUGCUUUAAAGCAUGCCGCUUUGCCUUCUGCUGGAUUGUGAUCUCACCUUCUGGGAAUAAAAGAGAGUGAAAAUCAGCAGAGAUGAAAAGCCCUUCAACAGGCAAGAUAAAAAAAAAAACAUAAAAAAGAUGAGGAAAAAUACAAACAGUAAAUUGACGCUGUUCAGCCUGCCAGCGUCUGGAGUUAUCUGUAAAAGCCAAAUUAUCGAACCUUAUCUAGAAAAUCAUAUCUAAUAGUGAUCUGCUCUGAUGUUUUUCUUUCUCCCCCAUUCCCUUUCUCUUUACUUGCACUCUUCACUUGCAUUUAUUGCUUUGUUUAUAGUUAUGAAUAUAUUUAGAAGAAAUGCUAACGUGUGUGUUUGAGUUUGGAAGUUGUGGCGAAUUGCGGACAGCAUCACAGGAGAAGCAUGUAAUUCAGAAGUUAGAGACUAUGGAUGAUAUGAGGAUGCAUGCUGAUGGGUUUGCUUCUUUAUACAAAAACAUGCUAAAGCACACUAAAGGUGAAAACACAAUAAAGAUUUUUCACGUUCAUUUUCGCAUUGAAUCAUUCCUGCACUCUGGAAGCUCAUCUGGUAGUGAAUUCAGUUUUCAUGACUGACCACAAUGCUCUUAUUUAGUGAUGUUGUGUAUUUUUUCCAUUUGUGAAAUCCAGUCACAUUUCCUCAGUAAUACUGUGAGAGAACUUGUAAAGUGACCCUGCUUUCUCCGACUGCCCUCCUCGUCAUCUAUCUCUGAGCACUGUCAGUGUGAUUCCAGUCUGUCUGAGAGGCACACA